GGGAACUAACAAGUUUGAAGGCAAAAUCCCAAGUGCGAUUGGGCAACUUCGAGAACUCACCGAACUCGAUCUCAGUUGGAAUGGGUUCAAUGGUACCAUUCCAUCCUCUCUUUGGAGGCUGAGUGAGUUGCAAUCCUUGUAUCUAUCUGACAAUCCAUUGAGCGGGGAGUUGCGUGACAUUCACUUUGCCAAACUCGCAAAACUGAAAGUGUUGCGCUUAUCCUCCACUCCACUCACUCUGAAUGUGAGUUCCUCGUGGGUCCCACCAUUCCAGCUUCACACUAUAGAAAUGAGUUCCGUCAAGAUAGGGCCCAAAUUUCCUCUCUGGCUUCAAACUCAGAAAAGAGUCGAAAAUCUGGACAUGUCAAAUGCAAGCAUCUCAGAUACUAUCCCAGAUUGGUUUGAGAGAGUGUGUCAUAGUAUAAAAUUUUUGGAUUUCUCCAACAAUUACAUCACAGGGAAACCACCCGUGUGCAAAGGCAACAGUGGUCUUAAAUACCGCAUGGGAAUUUUAUUGGAGUCCAACAAAUUCGAGGGGCCUUUGCAAUUGUUACCAACAGACAGUUAUAUAUUGCAUCUUCAAAAUAACUCACUGCAAGGGAUUAUUCCACACCCCGACAUUAACAUGACAUUGGAUAUUCUUCAAGUACUAGAUCUCAGUGAUAACCACUUCAUCGGCAGCAUCCCUGAUUCUUUGUGCAGCUUACAAAAGCUUGCUAUCCUGGAUCUUUCUAACAACCAGCUCUCUGGAAGGAUCCCUUCAUGCAUUGGCAAGCUUAAAACGUUGUUUGCGCUAAAUCUAGCAAACAACAGUCUCUACGGGCACAUUCCAAUUUCAUUGGGACAUCUCAAUGAUCUCCAGUCUUUGCACUUGAACCGAAACAAAUUUACAGGGAUGGUCCCAUUCUCGUUCAGACAUCUGGAAAAUUUGGAGAAUCUUGAUCUUGGAAAAAAUGGACUGGAGGGCAUUAUACCAGCUUGGAUUGGGGACGAACUAUCUAGUUUAAGGUUCCUUGUGCUUGAAUCUAAUAAUUUCCAUGGUGAAAUUUCCAUGAGCCUCUGCAAAUUAUCACUCCUUCAAGUUUUAAAUUUGAAAGACAAUAACUUAACUGGACAUGUACCUCGCUGUUUUAACAACGUUACAGCAAUGACAGAAUUGGGCCCUACAAGUAUGGGCUUUGGUGAAGCACUUUCAGUUUUCGUCAAAGGUGAAAUGUUGAACUACACCUCAAGAAAUGUGAAAUAUGUUAAAUUCAUGGGGCUCUCGGGAAAUAAACUAAGUGGGGAAAUACCUGUCGAGUUAAUGUCUCUGGUUGGAUUGCAGGGUUUGGAUUUAUCUAGAAACCAUCUAAGUGGAAGAAUCCCAGAAAACAUUGGGAACUUGAGCCAACUUGAGUCUCUAGAUUUAUCCAAAAAUGACCUUUCUGGUCCAAUUCCCCAACGUUUGUCGAACUUAGAUUCUCUGGGCUGGCUGAACUUGUCGUUCAACAAGCUAACCGGUCCAAUCCCAUCCGGACGUCAUCUGCAGACAUUAGACGACCCAACCAUUUACAUGGGAAACAGCGGACUUUGUGGCGAACCGCUAGACAAAAGCUGCCCUGAUGAAUCUGAUGGUAAAUCAAAUGCCGGAGAAUCUGAUGGUGAUCAUGAGGAUGGCAAGGAGUCUUAUUUUGAUUGGUUUUAUGCUGGUUUGGGACCUGGUUUUGCUGUUGGACUCGUGGGAUUCCUCAGUGUCCUAUGUUUCAAAAAGUCAUGGCGCCAUGCGUACUUCGGAUUUCUGGAGAGCUUGUUGAAUAAAGCUUGGGUAGAAAUUGCAUUGCUAAAAAGGAAGUUUAAUUGAGUGAUUUUACAUGUAUCAUCAAUUAUAGUUGUAAUGUCAUGGCACUUCAUCUCAUUGCAAAAUAAUAAAGUAUAAAUAAGACAUUUCCACUUCCAUUU